AUGGGCGGCAGAAAUGAUGGCAAGCGAAACCAAGAUUAUCGAUUGCAUUAUGGAGUUGAAAAUCUGGAAAAGUCCGAAAAAGAGCUUCUGAACGUCUUUCCGUCUUAUACUCGUAGUCAAGACUGGGUGCAUGAAUUUGAGAGCAAAGAUAUUAAUAACCCUGUACGAAUGCCUUCGGGAUACAAAAGAAACGAAGACAAGGAUAGGGGAGAAAACCAGCGGAAUGUAACAGAAAAGUCGGAGUUCUAA